GGAGGAUCCGUUUACUGAACAAGAGCCGGAUCUGGCUGGUGUGUGAGGAGGAGGAAGGGAAAGUUGAAACAAAAGAGAAAAAAGGAGAAGAGGAGGAGUGAAGGGGCGUACUGUGGCGAGAAAAGAAAGAAGUCCGGAUCGGACGUGUAACUGACUCUGACGCUGGGAUCGAUCCGAUGAAUCCGCAACAAAUGGAAGCCGGUGAGGGGAAGGAGUCAGAGGCAUCCGCCGGGGAUCUUUGUUCACACCUCGGCUCAGCAGCUGCGGACAUGUCGCAACAGAUCAGCGCAGAAAACUGCUACGAGAUUCUGACAAAAGCCAAGAGCGAAGGCGCGGAGGGCGUGAGGGACCGGGUCUACCGCUACAUGAGCGACCACUACCUGCAGGUGCUGCGGACUCCCGCCGUGUACGGCCGACUGGCGGCGGGGGAGAGAGAGCAUAUCCUGGCCCGCAGGAUGGAGGGGAGGAAGGUGUUGGCGGUGGCCGAGAGCAGCGAGGUGUACGAGCGCGGGGGCAGCCGAGAGGACGGCCGGCCGCAGAGCCCGCUGCUGCCGGGCCCGGAGGACACCAGCCACCGGCGGGUGUUCUGCCUCCACCCGGAGACUCAGCAGUGGGAGGUGCUGACCAACCUGCCGGAGGAGAUCCCGGCUAAAGGCUCCGGGAUGUGCACCAUGUACAACUACCUGUUCGUGGCGGGGGGCAUCAGGGCGCAAGGGGAGGGUCGCUCCAAGGCGUCGGACCGGGUCUUCUGCUACAACCCACUGACCGGCCUCUGGAGCCAGAUCCGCCCGCUGACCCAGCCCCGCUGCCAGCUCAGACUGGUUUCCAUGGACGGCUACCUGUACGCCAUCGGGGGGGAGUGUCUGUUCACGGUGGAGCGCUACGACCCGCGCGCGGACAGGUGGACCCCGGUGGCUCCGCUGCCCAAAGGCUCGUUCGCCGUGGCGCACGAGGCGACGUCGUGCGGCGGGGAGCUGUUCGUGUCCGGCGGCUCGCUCUUCUACCGCCUGCUGCGGUACGACUCCCGCAGGGACGAGUGGGAGGAGUGUCCGUUCAACGAGAGCCGGCGGAGGUCCACGGACAUGGUGGCGCACCGCAGCCUCGUGUACCGCUUCGACGUGGAUCGGGAGCGCGCGGGACUGAGCGUGUACAAGUACAACACGGUGGUGAAGGUGUGGCACGGCGGCGCGUUCUUCCCGCUGGAAAACCCGCUGCCGUUCCGCUGCGCGGUGCUCGGGGACCGGAUCUACUGCGUCAACCGGAGCCAGACUCUGCAGUUUGAGGUGCGCGAGGAGCAGGAGGGCUUCCUGCCGGAGGUCCUGCCCUCCCCCGCAGAGGCCAGAGGAGCCCUGGUGCCCUUUGUCCUCUCUCUGAACCGGGACAAAUGAUGUGUCCCGUGAUAAGUCCCUCUUUAGUCCAGGCCUGGGACCUGAGGACCCGCCCCCCCCCAGCUGUGCCUUUUUUUUUGUUUCCACGUGCUGCUGAGCUCGCUAACUGAGAAUGUGUAGAUGGUUAUUUCCUGCUGUGGCUCAACAUCUGGAGCAGAGCUGAUGUUCAGGAGCUGGGUCCCUGAGUGGUCUGAUGUCUGAAGACCAGACAGGACUGUCUCACGCACACACACACAGUUGAGUUUAGCCUUUUAAAGCUGUGUAAACGUUAGCCCCACCCGCCUGCUCCUCAUCAAACAGCUAAAACAAACGCACUCAGAGUUACCUGCAGGAGAGGCCUCUGCAGAGUGACAUCAUGGGCUCUGUGCCUGGUCCAGGUGUGUCUGGUCCCUGGUCCAGGCGUGUCUGGUCCCUGGUCCAGGCGUGUCUGGUCCCUGGUCCAGGUGAGUCUGGCCCCUGGUCCAGGCGUGUCUGGUCCCUGGUCCAGGUGAGUCUGGACAGAUGGACUGAGUCUGAAACGUCUGAGGGUUUGUUUGAUAUGUUGCUGGUGUCAGUUUAAAAUAAAACAGAGGAAAAGUCACAGCUGGCAGAUUCUGUAUUCACUGUUUUCAGCUCUUCAUUAUGAAUGAAUGAUACAUUUCACAAAACCUUUACUUUGACGAGGCAGAGCGGUGAACGUUUCCUCUUCCUGUGGCAGCUCCGGGUCUGCCUGGAGUCUCCGCUCA